AUGGACACAUUUAAAGAUGAUGUUCUGCAGUACCAAAACCGCUAUCGUCAAAGACAUAAUGUUCCACCACUAAAGCUGAAUACAACGUUGAGUGAAAUGGCGGGUAACUGGGUAAGCCAAGUCGCAGAAAAAGAUGAUAUUAAACCUUCAGCUCUCAGUGACAGCACAGACGUCGCAGAAAAUUUCUGUAUGGUUUGCGGUUUCAAUUUUACCGCAUAUAACGUCACAUUAGAAUGGUAAGGAAUCACUCAUAUUGUCAAGCCGAUAUCAGGAUGUGUUCACAUUGCUUGUUCACAGUUGCUGUGACAAGUAUAAUUAUGGAAUAACUUGUUACCAUCUUGUUACAAGGUUGAUGACAAAAAGAGAUUUGAUAGCUACAAACUGUUCGAACCAGCGAAAUGAGUGUAACUGGAAGGCUACCUCCAACCGGAACUUUGAAGCCAAACUCGGUGGCCAUACCGUCGAUCUCAGUCUUUUCACGUAUAUGCGAAGAGCAGUAAGAGCGCGCGGUCAAUCCGGCAUCAUGAACAUGUAUUCCUCAAAACCGGCAGUGCGAACACAUCUUCAGAGAAACUGAAUAACAGAUUGUUUCAAUUUAAAUUUGUUUCAUUAAUAAAUGCAAAUUGAAUUUCGACGUAUCGUAAAGAAUGAAACCAUUCAUAUUCCAAAGAUCUAUUUCGUAAGCAACUAAACUAUAUAUUUACGAAUUAUAUUCUAGGUAUCGACAAGCUUGCAGCUACAACUUUAAAACAUACGAGAAAGUCAGUGAACAUGUCGCAACAGUAGAAAACUUUGAAAGAAUGGUUUGGAAAAGUGCGAAGGAGUUCGGAAUGGGAAUGAAAAAAUCUAAGCAUCUGCCUUGCACUUAUAUUAUCGGAUGGUACAACCCGAUCAAGGGAACUGCAGAAGAGAACGUAUUUCAAGGAGGGUUUCGUGGUCAGGAAUGCUUGAAGGUCGGUAAAAACCCAGAGAAAGGGAAAUAUCUUCAUGAUAAAAGUCGUGGGGUCUUUCUUUGUGGCGGGAGUGCAGAGGUAUUACGCAAAAAAGCAUGCGAACAUUUCGGAUGUAAGAAUGGAAUGUUCGUCUGGCAAAAAAAUAGAAAAGUACAGGAUAAAUUUUAG